AUGCUCCCUCUAACAGAUCAACGAGUAGCUUAUCAUACAACUCUACUCAAAGCAAUUCAACGAAUACUUCAACAAGUUCUUCUUCCAACUCCCGCUCAAACAGUCGAUCCAGCUGCAAAUCUAGAGAUUUCUCCAGUGACCACUCUAGAGACCGUUAUAAGCACCUUUCAAACCGACGACCGAAUUCUUGUGGAGAUUCCAGACGCUGAUUUAUUUAACUACGUAAAACUAGUGCUAAAUCAUCUGGAAAAACGUGUGAGCAGUAUCAGUCAUUUGGCUCCUCGUGAAGCAGAAGAAACGAUUAUGGGAAUUCAAUCUCUUCGUAAUCAGUUUGAAGUUUUGGAACAAACUGUCAUGUGUCCUUCUGAUAGUGAUACAAAACUAAACAUUCAAAGUUGUGAGCAAUUUUCUCGACUCUCGGGCGAUGUGGAAACUGAUUAUUCACACGGAAAUGUUAAGCAUUCUGCAGUCGAGAACAAAGUUUCUCAGCUAUCUGGAAAAGAUUCUUGUUAA